AAUUAUUUUAAUUGUUAGGUAGAUAAUAUGGCAGAUACACGAUAUUGGUCGAAAGAAGUUGUUUCAGAGUUUAUUGAAAUAUAUAAAUCUUAUCCAUGCUUAUGGAAAAUCAAAUCCCGAGAAUAUACAAACAGAAAUUUGAAAAAUGCUGUUUACGACAAAUUAGUCGAGUUUUGUACAAAAUUACAUCCAGAAGCAAAUCGAGAUUAUGUUGUGAAGAAAAUACAAAGUUUUCGCGGUUCUUUUCGGAAGGAAUUAAAAAAGAUAGAGGAAUCCAAGCGAAGUGGAGCUAGUACAGAUGAAAUUUAUACUCCCACAUUAUGGUAUUUCGACUUACUCCAGUUUACUAUUGAUCAGGAAAUACCCACGCAAAGCAUUUGUAACAUGGAAGAUGAAGGAACAGAAAAUUCCAACCACUCUACUGAAGAAGAAGUUGAAUUUCAAGAGAAAACAGAAGUAAAUAAUACACAAUGUUUCAUCACAAGUGCCUUCAACAUCUCAUGCACGUCCAACAAGUCCAACUGCCUUCAAGCCUGCCUCAAAUAA